AUAAACAAGUAAAAGCCUGGAUAAAUAAAAGGGCAUUGCAGUGUAACUCUAGUGGUUUUCCAUUUCGUAUUUUCUCAGUAGUGGGGCAAAAAAAAAAAGGGUCAUGUAAAAUUUAUAACUUGAUGUGAGAACAAAUAACAAGCGAACACAACAACGAAAUAGUUGAAGUAAUAGGAGCAAAAGUGCCAUCCUAGGAACGAAAAUAAAAGACAAGAAACGGAAGUGACAUCUUUAUAGUGGUGGUUUUUUACACACGCAGAAACACUCCAGCAACCAAAGAAAGAAACUAUAAAUAAACACCGAGUAAAAAGUAAAACACAACGAACUAACUGCUACUCUGAGGCAACAACAACAACAACAAAAAUGUCAGCUUCAGUAAUAGACACAUUUACAACAACACUCAGUAGUUUAUACAACAGCAACAACCAGGUCACCAUCUCCCCCUCAGCAGCCACCACAGUAACCACCUUUGCAACGACUUUUCUCAAUGAUUCAUGGUUACAAAUUGAAAAAACCGCUUCUGCAUUAAUCGCCUCUAGUAUAACAGCAGAACAUUGGAAUGAUACCUGGCUGGACAGCUCCUCCACUACUAGCCGAACUAGUGCAGCAGUUAUUAAUAACAAUCCCAGUCUUAGUAUGAUUGCAACACAACCAACCAGCAACUUUAGCAGUAGUGAUGAUGACAGUGGCAGUAGUAAUGGCAACAUACCAGCCGUUGUUGCCAGCAUUUUUGAGAACAUUGUUAAUGCCACCACAAUGUCCAUAGUUAAUGCCUCCUCCUUCACCUCCUCAUCGUUGGAUGUUGAUGUUGCGACGGCAACAGAAACCCCUUAUGUACCAUAUGUUAUGCGUCCCGAAACUUAUAUUGUGCCGGUGCUAUUUGCCUUUAUAUUUAUUGUUGGAGUGCUGGGCAAUGGCACGCUAAUUAUUGUCUUUUUGACGGUGCGACAAAUGCGAAAUGUACCCAAUACUUACAUAUUUUCCCUGGCGCUGGCAGAUUUAUUGGUAAUAGUGACAACGGUACCCCUAACGUCCACCGUUUAUACGGUGGAUUCAUGGCCGUGGGGCAGUUUUCUUUGUACAUUAUCGGAAUUUUUUAAAGAUGUAUCAAUAGGAGUUUCCGUUUUUACACUAACAGCUUUAUCAGGUGAUCGUUAUUUUGCCAUAGUGGAUCCUUUAAGGAAAUUUCAUGCCCAUGGUGGAGGUAAACGUGCCACACGCAUGACCAUUGCCAUAGCUAUAUCAAUAUGGUUAUUAGCCAUUGUAUGUGGUUUGCCGGCCUUAAUUGGCACAUAUAUCAAGAAAGUUGAAAUCAACAGCAGUAAAUCGUUUUCGUUGUGCUAUCCAUUUCCGGAAGCCUGGGGUUUGGAGUAUGCCAAAAUUAUGGUGUUGCUGCGUUUUCUUGUCUACUAUGCCAUACCGCUGGUAAUUAUUGGUGUAUUUUAUGCCCUAAUAGCCAGACAUUUGAUGUAUGCAGCAAAUGUGCCGGGCGAAAUGCAUGGUGCUGUUAGACAGGUACGUGCCCGCCGUAAAGUGGCUUUGACAGUUUUAGCAUUUGUGGUUAUUUUUGGAAUUUGUUUUCUGCCAAUACACGUUUUCAUGCUGUGGUUCUAUUACUGGCCCAGCGCUCAGCAGGACUACAACUAUUUUUGGCAUGUUCUACGUAUUGUGGGAUUCUGUCUGUCCUUUGCCAACAGUUGUGCUAAUCCGGUGGCAUUGUAUUUCGUUAGUGGAGCAUUUCGCAAACAUUUCAAUAGGUAUUUGUUCUGCGAAGGCUCGCGGACAAUGUGUAAACAUCGCGAUACAUCGUUGACAGCAUCUCGCCGUUACUAUCAUUCCAGAAGGUCAUGUUUUCAUCAAAGCACUAUACGAAGUCGUCUUCAGGAGACCACAAUAACAAUGCUAACGAAUGGCAACAAUCAUAAUGGUUGCAACAAUGUUGUGGGUGGCAUUGGAGCUAGCAAUUGUUCUAACGAUGACACAAUAGAUGUGGCACUCACCAGUGAUUACUGUCAGCAACAUCAACACUCGCAUCAGCUCAUGUGAGAUUACAGGAAUCAUCAUCAUCAGCCCCAUCAAAAUCAAAAUCAUCAACAACAAUAUCAUCAUAAAACAACUUUAACGGAGGGCUGUCAAAACGAGUGCUACGAAAUGGGCACCAUGCUAAAAGGUAGACCUUGUCCAGGACGUAGAAAAUCUCUGCAACAGUCACAACCAUCUGUCGCAGCAUCUGCUCUAUCAUGUAAAUAUGCUUCGAAAGGACCGGCACCUUUGCAUCAUUGUAAAUGUCAAUCUUACAAAAAAUCAAAGUCAACAAAUGGACACUCUAGAAAUGGUCUUAAGUCCCAACAGCAGGCUAUGCCUUUGGCUACAAUGUGUGAAAGAGUGUAAAUGUUUCGUUACAAAUAUAAUAAAAAUUAUGCAGGGAUACAAUGAUUUCUAUGAAGCUAAAUAAAUAUAAGGACUUUUGGAAGUUUAAAAAACUUAAUUUUUUAUCAUCACUUGCUCUAUCAUUCUUUAUUUUUAAACUAAGUUACGUAAAGUAAGAAAGAAACUAAAAUUGCAUGUAAUAAACCUGAAGCUAAAUCAUAAGUUUAAAGGGAAAAAUGGGGAGACUUUAAUAACACAGAGAUGCAAAAGUGCACGAAUCAAAAUUAUACAGGGGUUUUCUUGCAGUAAUUCUGUUUUGUUG